UAUAAAAAUUGAUCAUGGAAACGCCUAUUGUAAAACUAACAGAUAUUGAGCUUGAUAAUGUGUAUGAACCAUCGGAAGAUUCAUUUUUGCUUAUAGAUGCCUUAGAAACUGAUUUAAAUGAUCAGUUGAAAAAUAAAAAACCUUCCAUGUGCCUGGAAAUUGGUAUUGGAUCUGGUGUGGUUUUAUCUGCUCUUGCUAUGGCUUUAGAAAAGUUUUGCUCAUCUUACUUUGUUGGUAUUGACAUUAAUCCUAUUGCUUGUAGAGCAACAAAAAAGACAUCUAUGUUAAACAAGGUGGAUGUUGAUGUUGUUCAAAUGGAUUUGCUUAAUAAUUUGCAUUCUCGCAAUGUAUUUGAUAUUAUUAUAUUUAAUCCACCAUAUGUGGUUACUGAACCAAUCGAAGUCCAAGAUGAGAAACUCAUUAGUAAGACCUGGGCUGGUGGUAUAAUGGGACGUCAAGUUAUGGAUAAAGUAUUCCCAUUUAUAACACAAUUUUUGUCUUCAGAAGGUUUAUUUUAUUUACUUGUUAUAAAAGAAAAUGAGCCUGAAAGUAUAAUUGAACUUUUUAAAACUUGGAGCAUGAAAGGUUCAAUUAUUGCUGAAAGAAAAAUAAGAGGAGAGCAUUUAUAUGUUUUACGAUUUCAAAGAGAGUGAUAUUUAUCUGUUCAAUCUUUUGUUAUAGAUAUUAUAAAUGCAAACUUUUUCCAUUUUUAUUGUAAAUUUUAUGUAUUAUAUAUCGUUUCUCAAGCAUAUGUAAAU